UUUGUAGUGUUUAAAUAAACAUUGAGAAGCCCGGACGAAGCGUAAGCAGACUAGAUUGAACGUCUCCUAGAACUGCACGGCCACUGGACGCACUAGCAAAAGACAGUCCCAGGUCUACACUUCGCCCUCAAAACCCACAAUGGCUCCCACAGAACGAGAACGAAAACGAAAGCGGGUCUCGCGUACCGAACUCGAACAAGAUUCUCAGUCCCCAGACCUGUCCGAUUCCCCCAGCGCAGAAGACCUCCAAGCUAUCUUCAAGCGAGCCUUUGAAGCCAAAUUUAAACCACUAGACCCAAGGACCAAGAAACAAAAGCUUCCGGAGCCUGUUGAAGAGCCAGAAGACGGAGAUGAGGCGUCAUGGGACGGAAUUGAGUCUGAAGAAGAAGAACAAAUCGACGUCGUAGAGCAUGUCAUCAUCAAGCACGAAAGGGACAGUCGCGCGAAGGAGGAAGCAAAAGCGUUCUUGUCCUCGAAACCUCCCUCUUUAGCAGCUAUGCCAAAACCGAAACCCAAGGCCGUCGCACCAGCCGAAGAAGAUACCGAAGCCGGAAACCUCAAGAACGAUCUCGCCCUCCAACGUCUCCUGCGCGAGUCCCACCUUCUUGAUACCUCGAAUCCAACACAGUCCCUCACGCUCUCAGGCGCAAACCGCCACAAGGCUAUAGAUCUUCGGUUGCAGACUCUAGGUUCCAAGACUUCGAUCAUGACGCAGGAGAGCAUGCCAAUGUCUCACCGGAAGGGGAUAACCGCCAAGACGGCACAAAAGGAGGCACAGCGGAGGAAGGAGGCGAAAGAGAACGGCAUUAUUUUGGAGACGGUGGUGAAGAAGAGGAAAAGGGAGCCCAGAGGGCGGAAGUCUGUUCGCUGAAAGCAGGUGGAGUUCUGAAGUUUCACGGCAUUUCGACGCAUAACAAGGGCAGCGCACAGCUGGAUGUAGAAUGAGCGGGCAUUCUGGAAGCCUGCCUCUCUUAGGACAAGAGACUAUUCCAGUCCCUGUUUACAACGAACGGGGGUCACGUGCUCCGAAUGACUCCCAGGCAUGUGUUGCAGUACUUAGGUUCCGUUUAUAUACCAUCCUGAUAAGGUGACUUUGGAACCCUGAGAGUAGACCCCCGAACGUAUUUACCUUUCGCUUUUUAGUCGACAUCAAACAGCCUAGAAUCGUGUAGAAACCAAACUCAACCCCUCCAUUCAUCGAAAAUUGCGCACACCAGUCUAGGAGCUAGUAUAUCACCUAGAAUUAUGCUCAGAGUAGCUUCGAUACGCCCAAGAUACCAAAGAAAAGGAAUUCAGC